AGAAUUCGGACUAAACCAACACGCUGGGACGGGCGGGGGAAACAGUAGGAAAUCUUGGCUAUAAUGUAGUAGGACGGACCGCUGGAAGCUCAGGCGAAGGGGGCGACACAUUGCUCUUUAAUAUCGUUGGACGAAUAAUGUUGCUAUUUGAUUACUACAAUCAGGCUAUAGAACGUAGCCUACUACACGAAGCAGGCCCGAGGAAUCAUUCCAGGUGUGUGUUUGGCUGCGGUGACCUGUGUCUGUGAGGGUGUUGCCAGUGACUGAGCAAGGAUCAGCUCCUGUGUUCAGGUGGCUUUGUCUGAGUGGGAGGAGUCAGGGUUCAAAGGUUGUGGCUCUGGGGACCCAAGGGAUGGAUCUCCAUAUGAGGCCCUACUGAGAGGGCUGGGGACCUACUAAGCUACACGCUGUACAGCUGCUUUAACAGCUGAGGUCUAGAAACGGGCUAAUGUUGGCCUACAAGACAGGAGAGGAGGUUUUGGGGUCACACACGCUUCUCUUCCCGGUGUAGUGAUGGCCACAUUUGUAUCAUGACCCUGAUGGACAUGAGUGCCCAAGGGCUGUGAGAGCCCCUUGGGGAAACUUCAGGCACAAACACACUCUCUUCCUCAUACAGAAGCACUCUCUCUCUCUCACACACACACACUUAUUAAAACAAACACACACACAGAGCAUGUUGGAGGUCCAGGAGGAGAGGCCUGCCGCGGCAGGAGGGACGGCAGCGACACAUUUCAGCAAGAAAGAGCGAGGAAAGAAAGAACGAGAGGAGGCCAAGGACGGCCGGGGGAAUCUUGGGAAUAUCGGGAACAGUGCUCUGGGUUCGGGUGGCCGAGGAAACGGCAGAGGGAAAGCCCCUCACACACACACAGGCAGCCCCCACCAGCUCAUCACCCCACCCUGCUCUGUGGUGCUGGGAGCCCCCUCCAUUCAUCACAACAGACUGAAGAACUCCCCAUCCAACACACAGAGUCCUAAACCCAAACCAGAGGGAAUGGUGCGCUCCCCUCCAGUCAUGUCCCCCUCCGGUGGCGCCGCCCAGAUGGACUCCAAACUUCCCAAUCAGAGCAAACCAGGAAGCGCCGGCAGCCAAUCGCAGGCCUCGCCAUGCGACCCCAAGACAGUGGGUGGUAAGGGCUCCCAGCAGGGCGGCAUGUCAGGGGUGGGUCCAGGAGGUAUGGGGGGUCUGAAGAAUGGCCAGGGCCUGAACUCUGGGGGACAGGGGACAAAGGUCAAGGUGAAGAGGGAGAGGAGCACCUCAGUGGAGUCCUACAACGAGCAGCAGCCAGGCAUAGCCACGCCCACCAGCGACGACAAGGACAGUAACAGGGUGAAGAGGAUGUGUGUGGCUGAGAGGAGGCAGCCCUACAGUGGAGCUGACUGGUGUUCUGGAGGAGAGAGUGAUGAGGACGACAAAGGAUUCUUCAACUGUAACUCCAGUGACGUGAAGCCCCAGGACUCCAACUCCCAUCCUCCCCCCAACGCCGGACUCAGCCGCUCCUCCACACCCUCCCACAAUGCACUAGGAGGCCAGGGCGCAGCGUCGGAGUCGGGUGGUCAGAAGGCUGGGUCUAAAGUGGUUUAUGUCUUCACUACAGAGAUGGCCAACAAGGCUGCUGAUGCUGUUCUAACAGGCCACUCAGAAAACAUCAUCAACUUCCACAUGAGAAACAUCUCCAACAGCAAGGACAAGAUCCCCCUCCCACCCCUGAACGAUCAGGCAAGACCCCUCCGAGGAGACUCCAAGCCCUCCCAGCAGUCCUCAUCUCAUUCCUCAGACAAGAACCACCAGACAGGGUCUAAACCUGGCCCGACUGAUCAAGUGCCACCCCAGCCCCCUCCCCAGGGGGUAAAGCCUGGUUCACUCACCCAGGAUGGGGCCUCCUCAGCAGACAUGGACCCCAAGAACCUCCAUGGCAGCAGCCCUGGUAAUACCAUGGGUCCAGGUGACCAGACCCCUGGGUGCCAGCCCCAGUCUGAGCAGGGCAUGCCUCCUCUGAACCCCCCUCAGCCUGGUGAAGGAGGAGGGCUGGGGCCCAUAGGGAUGGGUCAGCCUGGUCUGACCCCCCAGCAGCAACAGCAGCAACUGGCCCAGGAACUUCUCAACAUGGAGGCUAACACAGAGGGCCUGUCCCAGGAACAGCUAGAGCACCGCCAGCGCUCCCUCCAGACCCUGCGAGACAUCCAGCGCAUGCUCUUCCCGGAUGACCGCGAUGCCCCACCGCCACCCGGUCCUAUUGGGGGACUCCCCCAGUCCCAUGACGGCAUGCCCGAUGGGGGGCCCAGGAGGCCGGAGCAGGGCCCUCUCCAGGCCAUGAUGGCCCAAUCCCAGAGCCUAGGUCCACCAGGGGGUUUGGGAGGGUCCCGACCCCAGGGAACCCCAUUUGGCCCCCCACAUGGUCACCCCAGAGACAUGCCCCCUUUCCCAGAUGAGCUGGGCCACAUGAUGGGUCCUGGAGGGUGUGGGGAUGGAGAUCACAUGACCCCAGAGCAGGUGGCCUGGCUGAAGCUGCAGCAGGAGUUCUACGAGGAGAAGAAGAGGAAACAGGAAAUGCAUCACCGCCCACUUCCUCCCGACAUGAUGAUGCACCCUCACGGGCCGCGCGGCAUGAUGCGAGGGCCCCCACCACCCUACCAGAUGGGACCCGGAGAGGUGUGGGGGCCAGGAGGGCCACCAGAGCACUAUCACGAUCGCAUGGCCAUGGGCCCCAGAGGGAUGCCUCCUCACAUGCAGAGGAUGCCUGGGUUCCCCCAGGGCAUGAUGAACCCUGACAUGGAGGGACCCCCCAGGCCCGGGAUGGGCUGGCCUGAAGACAUGCCCCCGAGGAUGGGGGACGGCCGGGGGUUCCCAGGAGGGCCAGGGGGUAUGUUCGGAGGUCCAGGGGUGCGGGGAGAGCGCUUCCCCAACCCCCAGUCAGUCCAGGAGGCCAUGUUUCACCAGGGCAUGGGGGGCGACAAGGGACCGGGCCUUCCUCCACAGAUGAUGAUGGAGAUGCAGAGGAUGAUGGGACACCAAAGAGGUGGCAUGGAGCCGGGCAACGGGGGCGGGAUGAUGUUUCCCAGGAUGCCCGGCGAGGGCCCCAUGAGCCCCUCUUCCAGACUGGUUGUGAUGGGGAGCCGGGACAUGGGCCCUGAGUUUGGCAUGGGCCCCCAUGGGAACCCCCAGCUACGAGAGGGGCCUAUGAACAUGAGCCCAGACGAGAUGAUGAGAAUGAGAGGGCAUCCAAUGGACAACAUGGGGCCCCAGGGAAGGCAGAUGCACUUCACAGACCAGCCCCAGCCAGGGGACUUCCCCAUGGGACCCGCACGGCCCUUCCCUGGUGGUCCUGGCGGUAUGAGGGGCCCUCAUGGAGAGCAGGUCUAUGCUGGUCCGGAGCACAGGACCACCCCUACGGGGGGCAAUGGCCGCCUCAACCACCACCCGCCCUCCGCCGGACCACCCCAGGGCCAGAGGGGACGUAAGCCUGCAGAGCUGAUCAUCCAGCCAGGAGGGGGCAGCUCACCCAGUAUUAACCCCCUCAAGUCCCCUCCUUUGAGGCAGGUGCAGUCCCCCAUGAUGGGCUCUCCCUCUGGGAACCUCAAGUCCCCCCAGACCCCCUCCCAGCUGGCUGGUAUGCUUUCCGGCCCUCCGGGACCCAAUGGCCCCCCUAACACUGCCAACUCGGCUCCCAUGAAGUCUCCUCACUCUAUGAUGGGGUCUGCUGGUGCCUCCCCUGUAAAUAUGAGGUCCCCGUCCCUCCCCAACCCUUCUCCAGGGUGGGCCUCUUCCCCAAAACCCCCCAUGCCCAGCCCAGGAAUCCCUCAGCAGCAAGGGGGUAAAACCCCCCUCAGUAUGACCUCACCUAACAUGAUGGGAAAUAUGGAGCAAGGUGGUAAUGGCCCCCUCUCGGCCCCCCCCUCGUCAGGAGCCCAGUCUGGCUCCAUGCCCCUCCAGGGGGGUCCAGGCAGUGCCCCGACCGGCAGCCCUUACUCCCUACCCCCUGAACCUACGCUAUCCCAGAACCCCCUCUCCAUCAUGAUGUCACGCAUGUCCAAAUUCGCCAUGCCCAGCUCCACCCCCCUCUAUCAUGAUGCCAUCAAGACCGUGGCGAGCUCAGAUGACGACUCGCCCCCUGCGCGCUCCCCGAACCUGCCCUCCAUGAACAACAACGGUAUGGGAAUGAACCACCACCAAGGUCCUCCUCGUAUGAUGGGCCCCGGCUCCUCUGGCCCCAUGCCUGUCCUCAGUCCCCUGGGUAUGACCCCCGUGGGUUCACAGCCUCUCUCCCACGGCAUGCCCCAGCAGAUGCCGUCCCCAAACCCCCCCAACAUGGGCCCUGGCCCGGGCAUGAUGCCUCAUGGCAUGAUGAUGCAUCCCAACCCCCAGGACCAAGGCAUGGGUAACCCCCAGAUGAUGCCCCAGGGGCGCAUGGGCUACCCCCACCGAGGGCAGGGCUACCCCCUCCCCCAGUCCCCCUCCCAGCAGGGCGCCUACUCCCCCCACAAUGGCCCUGUGCCCCAGGGCUUCCCAGGACACCCCAUGGGCUUCCAGGGAGAAGGGGGUCCUAUGGGGGGUCGGAUGGGGAACAUGCCUCCUGGAGGUGGAGGCGAUGGAGGUAGGCCCAACAACCCUGGAGGACCACAGUUCAACAUGCACGGAGAGUUCAGUGAUGUAGACCUGCAUGAGGUGAUGCGAACCGGAGCGUCCGGUAUGCCAGAGUUUGACCUGUCCAGGAUCAUCCCAUCAGAAAAGCCCAGCCAGACGCUGUCCUACUUCCCUAGGGGAGGAGGAGAUGGCCCCAGCCCAGGGGGGAAACCUCCACACAUGCAGGGAAUGAUGCAGGGGAUGAUGGGGGAGGGCCCCCCAAGAAUGGGCAUGCCCAUGCAGGGGCUGGGGGGGAUGCCCGGGGGGCUGGGAGGCACUAUGGGCCCCCAGGAUAUGCCCAUGGGAAACCCUUCCCAUAAUCCUAUGAGGGCACAUGGGCCCCCAGGGUUCAUGGGUCAGGGUAUGAUGGGACCUCAGCACCGGAUGAUGUCACAGGGGGGUCCAGCGGGCAUGAUGCAGGGAAAGGAGAGGGGGGUACUCUACAACCACCCUGGGCCUGGGGGGUCGCCCAACAUGAUGAUGUCUCUGCAAGGCAUGGGUGUCCCCCCCCAGCAGACGACGAUGAUGAUGAUGGGGGGGCAGAUGAGGCCACGUGGCAUGGACAUGGGGUUCAGCCCAGGGCCUGGAAUGUUCUAACACACAACUCAUAGAACCAUGGACCUCGAAUGUUGUGAGCUCAUAUACAGAAUUGGAUGGAAUGUGUCACGGCAGAAAAGAGAGAGAUGGAUUAAAACAUAGAAAGUAAGGAAUGACAGACAGAGAUUGGUACUCUGGCAUGAAACAUGUAUCGGAGAGGAGUGAUGCCGUUAAUGGCUUGUGGGGUCUACAUAGCCCAGUACUUGUCUUUUGCCACAAGCAUUUAAUUUGGUCUGAAUGUAUGGGAUUGUUGUGCUUCAAUGUCACAAUUAAACUGUUCCUCAAGUGUUUUUUUUGUGUUAAACCUAUAAGGUUUGAGUGUCGAAGAGGAAUGAGAUAAACCACCUUGGAGGACUGUACCGCUAGCUUGCUGUAAAUCAACUUUUUCAAAUCAGUAAACAAAAUCAACAACGGAUUUUCCCAGCAAAGGAUAAGGAACUUAAUAAUGGAAUAAAAAGACUUUGUGAAAUAAAAUCGUAUUUUGUGAAGAUUAAUGGAAUUAUAUCUUCUCUAGCUCCAUCGUUUUGACUAUUUCUGUCCUGUGUGUGUGUGUGUGUGUGUGUGGGUACGAGCCUGCGACGGUGUGUGUUUUGUGUUGUAAGUAUGUAUAGGAAUUCUAUCAGUGACCUCUAAGCUCUCUUACCCACCUUUUCAUUGGGGGAGGGAUGCCACUCUAAAGAACAGUACUGUUUACCAUUGGUGGGAUAUUUUCAUUUUUGUCUUUUAAUUUCCUUUAAAUCCAUUGUAUAACAAACCAAACUAUGACCUCAUAGAGAUAAUGGUAUUAUUAAAAAAGCACAAACAUUGAUAAA